UCGGACCCGAACCCGGACGCGGAUUCACGCCCCGACAGAAACCCAAUUGCUGAGCCCCGGCCAGUCUUAUCAGUCGCCACAAUGGAACGCCCGAGCACGCAAUUCGAUAAAUACACUAAAAUUUGGAGUGGACCAAGGCCGGCCAAUUUCUUCGAUGUGGACUGUUCGAUUGGUAAAAUUCUGUUCGCCUUUAUGCGGAACCAUCCGUCCAGCAUAUGUCAGAUUUCAGACACGGAGGGCACAGCUUUGACCAAUGGCGAGGCCAUAACCUUCGCCAUCCGCAUUGCCCAGCAGCUGAAGGCAAUGGGACUGAAACAGGACGAUGUGGUGGGCAUCGCUGGGACCAACACCACCUACCUCAUGCCCGUGGUGCUGGGAUGUCUGCUGAAUGGAACGCCCUUCCACGCGGUUAGUCCCUGGCACGACGAGGACACCAUGAAGCAUCUGUUCUCCAUCACCCGGCCGAGGAUCAUCUUCUGCGAUGGAUACGUCUACCAGCGACUGAGCAUCAUUGCCAGGAUACUCAAGAGCCAUGUCUACACGCUGAAGGACCAUCGACUGGGCAUGCCGCGGGUGGAGGAUCUGCUGGAACCCACUAAAGCCGAGCUUUACUAUAUACCCGAAACUCUUCUUCUGGGCGGCGAUCACACAGUGGCCAUUCUCUGCACUUCGGGAACCACGGGAUUACCAAAGGCCGUUUGCAUUAGCAACUCCGCUUGCCUCUUUGAUUUUGGAUUCGUGACUGGCCAGGAUGUGCUGCUCUCGUUCAGCACCAUCGACUGGUCGGCGGGAAUGUUCAACAUGCUCUUCAGCUGCUGCCACGGCUCCACGCGGAUCAUCACGGACCGGGCCUACACGCCGGAGUACAUGCUCCAGCUGGUGGAGAAGUACAAGGUGACCCUGUUGACGGUGGUGCCCCAACAGGUGGCCUCGCUCCUGAAGGCGCCCACUCUCAGCAAGCAGCGACUGGCCAGCAUCCGAUUUGUGAGCGUGGGCGGUGGCUCCUGCUACGUGGCCAAUCUUCUAAAGCUGCAGGACUUCCUGAUCACCGGCCAGAUAUCCUACGGCUACGCAUUGACCGAGUGCGGCGGAGUGGCGGCCAAUAUGGGGGUGUCCAAGCCCUCGUCAGUGGGCCGAAUUGUGCCCGGGGUGCGGGUGAAGAUCCUGGACGAUGCCGGUCGAAGUUUGGGACACGGAGAGACGGGCGAAAUCCUGGUGCACAACGGAAAACUGUGGAAUGGCUACUACGCCAAUCCGAACGAGUCGAAGCGCAUGCAGGACUACCAGGGCUGGUUCCACACCGGGGACAUGGGCUACUUCGAUGACGAGAACUUCCUGCACAUCGUGGAGCGGAAGGGGGAUCUGCUGCGCUUCCAUGGCGCCCAGUAUUGUCCCCACGAACUGGAGCAGGUCAUCGCCGAGCUGCCGGAUGUGAUCGAGGCCUGUGUCUUUGGCCUCUGGAACGAGGUGGAUGGCGAUCCUGCGGCGGCGGCAGUGGUCAAGAUCCCGGGCAGUCGACUCACCGAGAUGGACAUUGUGGAGUACGUGGCCAAGCGCCUGGUGGUCCAGCACAAGCAGCUCCACUGCGGAGUCUUCUUCCUGACCGAGCUGCCAAAAACUGGAAGUGGCAAGGUUCUCCGGCAGCAGGCACGCGAUCAGGCACUGGGCAAAAAAUGGGCCGACUACGGCAACGGACACUAAUCUUUUAAUAGACGUAAUUCUGUUAGGCUUAAAGACAAUUAGUUAUUACCGACGACGGAUGACUCAUCCUGUUAGCGUUCAAGUACUGCCGAAAAAAUGAAAUACAAAUCCAAACAUAAGCAGA